UUUCUUGCUCACCUGGCUCUUAUCGUCUGAUGCUAGAGAAGGUCGGUGCCCAAAUGCAAGAAGGAAAAUUUUCUGCCAUCUGACACUUUCUCGUUUCCCUCUCUCUUUCUCCCUUAUCGCAAAAAACUAUAUUAAAAAAUGGCCGCCGCCCCCCAGCUCUCAAUAAAAGGGAAUGCGGCAAUCUAUUUUCUCUGUGGCAGCGUCGCUGCAAAUUCCAAGGAAUAUUCCAUCAAGCAUUUUGUUGAGAAAACCAAGCAUGACGGGACUAGGAAUGGUACCAUUCUUAAUCCUUGUUCUUCUGCCUUCGUUGCGGGUCUCAUUGGAGGCAAGUGUCCAAGUGCAAAAUGCCAUUGUUAUUCCACCGUAUCAGAGUCCUCCAUGCAAUGCAGAUCAUCCGAACAACUGUCCGAAGCCUAUCAAUCCUCCCCCUUCUAAACCUUGCAAUGGGGCCAACAGAUGCCGUAUUCAUUCGAUGUUUUAUGAAGAUGGCAGUGGUAACCGAUUUCUGGUUGAUCUUAUUGUGGAGGGAGGACCUGCAGACCUCACCGAUCUAGUACUUACAGAAGCAGUCACUUCCGCUAUUUCUAGAUGGUUGGUGAAGAAAACAAAGAAUAAUGCAGCUCAAGAGUUAAGAAUUUCUAUCGAUACAAUUGAUGGUCAUUCUCCUACAUUUGCUGAGCUACGGUAUGCUGCUUCCUGGGGCACUCGUCAAGCAGCCUCAAAUUUUAAGGUAGUAUUCACACCAGCAUCAGAUAGUGCACAUACUGAGAAAGAGGCAUCUUUUGAUCGAUUCUAUGCGAACAUUAUGAUAAAAGCUAGUCAUCCUGGUAAGCCGGUGAUGUUCGAGUUCUCCACUAUUGCUAAAGGUCUUGGGGAAGCUGAUCUGAAUGACAUGAUGAAACCUGUUCCAGAUGUGUUCCGCAAAUUACGGUUGAAGGCUACAUGGAUGGAGUCAGAGGAUGAGUACAUGAGCCACCCAAAGCCCUGAGAAAUUCUUUCUUAACUCUGCUUAUGCAAAACCAAUAGGCCCUUCCUUGCCAAUUUUGAAGAACAGAAGCUGAUUCACACAUACAUUGAAGCAAAAGAAAAGAACAUUUUUGUUAUAUACAACUAUGUUGUUGUUUUUCAUUAUUAUUUUUGUAUAAUUGAGGAAGGAGAUUUGAAUUUUACUUUUUAGGCGGAAGAUAAUGUACUAAUCAAUGAAUUAAAUGUUUGGGUGUUUGUUUUUCACCGUUUUGUUAAUUAUGUUUUUUAGUUUUUAAGAUACAAAAUGCAAAUAAUCAAAUUCUUAAUUGUCAAAA